AUGCGCCCGUUCGCCUCCGGCCCCGUCCGGACCAUCACAUCGCGCAUCGUCGCCGCCGUCCCUCAAGCCGCCAUCCCAAGACCUCGAGCUCAGCCCACCACAACUUUCUGCUGCCAAUGCCUGCGUCCGCUCUCGACGACGCCCGCCGCAUUGAGCGGGCACAACAAGUGGUCCAAGAUUAAGCACAAGAAGGGCGCCGCCGAUGCGCAAAAGAAUAACAUGCGCAGCCAGCACUCCAAGACGAUUGCCCUCUACUCUAGGCUGCACGGAACCGAUAACAACCCUCAACUCGUCACAGCAGUUGCAAAUGCGAAGAAAGACGGCGUCCCCAAAGCCGUCAUCGACUCCGCCAUCGCACGAGGCCAAGGCCGUUCCGCCUCAGGUGCCUCCCUCGAAUCCCUCACCCUCGAAGCCAUCCUCCCGCCUGGUGUCGCCCUCAUCAUCGAAGUCGAGACUGAGAGCAAAGCCCGCUCCCUCCAAGACCUCAAAGUCCUCGUCAAGAAACACAAGGGCACCGCCAACGCCGCCACCUUCUUCUUCACCCGCCUAGGCCGCGUUGUCUUUGCCGCAAAGGAAGGGGGUGGCCCCGUGGGCAUCGACGACAUCAUGGACGACGCCAUCGAGUGCGGCGCCGAGGACCUCGAGGCUGACGACGAGGGCAACCUCGUCGUCUGGACGCAGCCCAACAUGACCAACGCUGUCGUCAACGGCGUGGGGCCCAAAUUUGAGCUCGAGCUGCUCAGCUCCGAAAUCAUCUGGAAUGCAAAUGAGGACACAAAGGUCAAGAUUGACGAGGGGCUCGAAGCCACGACGCUGGGCGAGCUUUUGGCCGCGCUGCAGGAGUUCCCCGAGGUGCAAGCCGUAUACGGCAACCCCACGCGGGGCGACAUCCCCGAGGAGCAGUGGUCCGGCAUCGAGGAGAACCUCGACUCGUAG